GCGGCUAACACUACUACACCGGGUGAGACUGCAAUGCAAGUCAAAAGCAGCACGUCUGCUUCCGUAUCCCCAGUUCACCUCUUGCACCCGCACUACUACACACCCCAUACCCACAUUUCAUACCCGCACCUAUUAUUACCCUGCCACUGACAAUGGCUGACACAGACUGCCCCCUCUUUUACUUCCUCGACGAGUACCUCGCCGAGGAGCCCAGCACGCCCGAGCCCGAGCCCGCCUCCCCCGCGCCGCCCGUCCCGCCCAAAGAUGCGCCCGCUGCACCCGUAUAUGGCCCGGCCCCGGAGCACCUCCUCGGCGCGAUCCACCACCGCGAGACCGCGCCCACCGGCACGCGCUACUGCGAAGAGCUCGACGCGUUCGUCCCCGCCAGCCUGCCGUACUCGAUCCGCGGGCUCCCGAAGACGCGCGCGCCGCUCGCACAGCGCCUCCGCAGCGGCGAGCUCUUCCGCCGCGCGGGCCCCGACGCCGCCGUGGACGACACCAUCUGCGCGAUCGGCCUCACCCACCGCCAGAUGACGCUCCUCCCGCUCUGGCAGGCCCAGGGCAGCAGCGCGGUCAAGUAUCGGGGUAUCUGAGUUUAUUGCGUGGAUUGAGCUGACGAACAGGCGUUUGGAGGUGAUGGCGGCGUCGUAUGCUGCGUGUACUGCCGUGCUAUAGGCGGGCGGGUGCGGCGUCGCGUGGGGCGGAUGGGGGGUCGAGGACGCCGGUGGCUAGGGUCGGCUGGGCGGUCUGCAUGGCUGUCAUGGUCGGUCUAUAAAUUCGGCUGCUCGGUCGAGGCCAGGGUUGCCGCUAGAGAUGACUCUGCGUGAUGCGGCGGUGGCCGUGAUCGCUC